CGCUCGUACAGCUUCCAGUCCCGGACCAGCAACCGCCGUAAGCGCAACAUUUCGGGCACUCAUGUCUGGCUACAUGUCAUAACGGGGUUCUCGCACGUAUGACUGAUGUGCCCUUUUGUCAAACGUAAACAACACAGAUCGAGAGUCACGUAUGGAACGUGAUAGACAGCGCAGACGAUGAGGACACGUAUGGCCGCGCAAUGAACGCGCUCGCGGCUCGGGCGGCGCUGUCAACAUUGUACACAUCAUCGACGUCUACUUUGGCGGCUGACUACCAUGCGUGGACAACGGUGGCGGCGACAGCAAAGGCGGCGGAGGUGGCAAACACUACCGAAACACCGUUUUUCGAAACCGAACUCCGGUUUACGGUGUCCCAGAUGGUGUUCGUCGCGCUUGUGUCCGGCGCGCUCAGUUGCAUCACCGUGGUGGGCAAUCUAAUGGUUAUGCUGUCGUUCAAGAUCGACAAACAAUUGCAGAAUAUAAGCAACUACUUCCUGUUUAGCCUCGCGUUGGCCGACUUCUUCAUUGGGCUCAUAUCCAUGCCGUUGUUCACCAUCUACACCAUACUGGGAUACUGGCCGUUCGGCCGACACGUGUGCGACGGAUGGCUUGCGCUCGACUAUCUGGCCAGCAACGCGUCAGUACUGAACCUGCUGUUGAUAAGCUUCGACAGGUACUUCUCGGUGACCAGACCACUAACUUACAGAGCUAAGCGGACUAGAGGCAAAGCGUUGCUGUUUAUCUCCGCCGUAUGGUUCAUAUCACUGUGCUUAUGGCCGCCGUGGAUUUACCUGUGGCCGAUAAUAGAAGGCCGACGAACCGUUCCGGAAACGCAAUGUUACAUACAGUUCAUAGUGACCAAUCAAUACAUUACUUUCGGCACGGCCAUCGCGGCUUUCUAUACACCGGUGACGGUCAUGUGCAUCGUGUACUAUCGCAUCUACAUGGAGACCAAAAAGAGACAAAAAGACUUGCCAAACUUGCAAGCCAUGAAUAAGCCGCGCAAUGAUCCUCAGCAAGAGGAAUCGUGGGCUCGUAUUCGGUUGGAUCAAGGCAAUUCGUUGGAUCGACGAGAAACUUAUGAGACCAGCUCGUUGCGAAAAGCUUACUCUCAGUGUUCAUUGAAAGCUAGACGACUGUUGACGUGGUCUUGGCUUCGCGACUGGUGUGUGGACUGGUGGCACUCAGGUCGGGAUGAUGACUAUGACGAGGAAGACGAUCAAACCCCUAGCGACGUGCCAGGUGGCACCAGCUAUGGGACUACGGUGUCCAGGUCGACUUCCCUAAACGUCAUUCAUCAGCAACCCACUACACCACCACCGCUUAAGUCUUAUCACGCGGUCAACAACAACAGGUUGGCUAAUAGGUCGUUGUCUAAUGACUCGGUGUACACCAUAGUGAUCAGACUGCCAGGGGAUAGUGAUCAGGAAGUGCCGACGGUCAGGCAGUACAGCGGUUGUUACGAAGAGCCAAAUCGAAGGUCUGGACCUAUGGUGCGACGACCGUCGUCGCAGGAUAUGCGGCUUCCGUUGAACGCCACUAAAAUACUGCCCAAGCAAUUGGGCCGAGGGCCUACGGCGGCUGCAGCGGCCGCGGCCGCAUAUACGGCCAAAGAGAAAAAGAAGAAAAAAUUUCAAGAGAAAAAAAGCGAGAGGAAAGCGGCCAAGACGCUGUUAGCCAUCUUGUUGACGUUUAUUAUCACCUGGACGCCGUAUAACGUGCUAGUUUUGCUCAAGCCGUUCGCGGCCGGCGAUAGUGCAGAGUCGGACGCUGGCAAAGUAUGGGCUACGCAAGGCGUGUGGGAUUUUUUCUACUACCUGUGCUACAUAAACAGUACAAUCAACCCGGUGUGUUACGCUCUGUGCAACGCCUCGUUUCGCAUGACCUACGUGCGGAUACUUAAGUGCAAGUGGAAUACUAGAAGACAGCCGCCGCCACAUUUUCGAGCUUGAAGAUCGGACGACAUCGUUUAAUGCCAAUUGUAAAAAAUUAUUUACCAAUAACCAAAGCGGUCGACCAAUACUUUAAGUCGGAUAUUCCAUAUUUUUGGUAAAAAACAAAAAAACUGCUCGAGUUCAAGCGGUAAAUACAAACGAACGAGCAACUCCAUGACUUUGUACAUUAGUCUGUACGUAUAUGGUCAAAGUUUCAACGGUGUUCGUGGAGAAGUGCAGUCUUGAAAUAUUAACCUUCAAGUCGUUUAACUUUGUCCCUGAAUCCUACAGAGAAUACCACCAACCAAAUACGCCUAAGAAUUAAAGUUAUUGAUACUAUAAAUAUUAUGUUAAGUAAUAUUAUUAUGUUGCACGCUCGGAAGUCGGCCGGGGUAAAUAAAUGACUAAAUCAGUUUUGGCUGCCAUAGUCAUGUGGCGCAAGUGUAAACAUUGAGAAAACCGAAUGGCAAGUGCAAAAGCCUCCGAGUAGUUUUCAUUUCGGUUCACAUGAAGGUGUCGGUAAAAAAAACAAAAGUGUUUUAACAGAUUCUCUGUUAAAAAAUAAUAUACGAGAAAUCAAAACCGACAUUUUUCAUACCAAGUGAGUCGUCCUAUGAGCUUAAAACAUUUUUAUCGCGAGGAUUAUAAAUUUAUUUGUUCUGUUAUGUAUGCCUAUAAUCUUAAGUGUUUUCCUCGCUGUUCAACUGAGCGUGUAUACAAAAACCAAACGAAUUUUGCAAUAUAUGUAAUAGGUUUAUAACUUUUUUUUGUAUUUUUAUUCGUUUUUAUCUGUAAUUUAAAUUUUAUACUUCAAGUGUAAAAGAUUUAUCUCGUUUGUCGCUGUAAAAUAUAUAUAUAUAUAUAUAUGUGUGAACAAUAAAU